GUCGGGAUCAAGUCAGAUCUUCCUCCAAAGCCUGGUAAUAUUGAUGUAGGCAAAAGAGAGAGAGAGAGAAAGAGAGAAAGAGAGAGAGGGAGAGAGAGAGAAAGAGAGAGAGAAGGGAGAGAGAGAGAGAGAGAGAGAGAGAGAGAGGAAGAGCCGGGAGGAGGGGAUAAGGAAAUUAAAGCUCGAAGUCCAUGCAUAUUGUGGAGACGCCGGCCCGGGAGCCCCCAGGGUGGAGUCGGCCAGGGCUGGGCCUUCCCAAAAUAUGACCAGAGGUGCUUGGAUGUGUCGGCAUUAUGACGACCGCGUGAAGAUCUGGUUGGCCGCACCCCGGGAGAACGAGAAACCCUUCAUCGAUUCCGAGAGGGCUCAGAAAUGGCGACUGUCCCUGGCGUCCCUUCUGUUUUUCACGGUCCUGCUCUCUGAUCACUUGUGGUUCUGCGCCGAGGCCAAGCUCACCCGCACCCGGGACAAGGAGCAGCAGCAGCAGCAGCGGCAGCAGCAGCAGCAGCAGCAGCAGCAGCAGCGGCGGCAGCAGCAGCAGCAGCAGCAGCGGCCCCGGCAGCCCGAGCCCUCCUGGCCCGCGCUCCUGGCGGGGAUGGAGGGGGCGUCCGCGCCCGGCGCCCCGGCGGCGGCGGCGGCGGCGGUGGCGGCUCACAGACUCCUCUCCGCCUCCUCCUCCUCCUCCUCCUCGUCCCCGACCCUGCCCCCCUCCCCGGGAGGCGGCGGCCAGGGCAACCGGAGGAGCCACCACCGGAGGAGCCGCCGCCAGGCUCCGAGCCUCGCGGGGAACUCCGCCAAGCCCGCGUGGCGCCUGGAGUCCUGCUACCCGCCGGGCAGCUCGGGGGGCCAGUGCUUCACCGUGGACAGCGCCGACGCGGUGUGCGCCCGGAACUGGAGUCGGGGGGCGGCGGCCGCGGGGGAGGCGCGGCAGCCUCCGCCCCCCGGCUGGAACUUGUCGGAUUUUUACCUCUCCUUUUGUAAUUCCUACACACUCUGGGAGUUGUUCUCCGGGCUGUCCAGCCCCAACACCUUGAACUGCAGCCUGGACGUGGCGCUCACCCAGGGCGGCGAGACGGCCGCCGCGUGCCGGCAGUGCGUGGAGGCGUACCAAGACUACGACCACCACGCCCAGGAGAAGUACGAAGAGUUCGAAAGCGUGCUGCACAAGUACCUGCAGUCGGACGAGUACUCGGUCAAGUCCUGCCCCGAGGACUGUAAGAUUGUCUACAAAGCCUGGCUCUGUUCCCAGUACUUUGAAGUCACGCAGUUUAACUGCAGAAAGACAAUUCCUUGCAAGCAAUACUGUUUGGAGGUCCAGACGAGGUGUCCGUUUAUAUUGCCCGACAAUGACGAAGUCAUCUACGGAGGCCUCUCCAGCUUCAUCUGCACAGGGCUCUAUGAACCCUUCUUCACCAAUGCUGAACCCGAAUGCUGUGACGUCAGGAGAGAGGAGAAGCCCAGCCGUCCGCACAGAGGGGCCCCGGGCAGGAGAGACUCCUGUCACAGGACCUCGCUCACCGCGUCCUCGGCCACGAGACUGUGCCACGGCAGACUCAAACUGUGCGUCCUGGUCCUCAUCCUCCUGCACUCCGUGCUCACCGCCUCGGUGGCGCUCAACACCACCGGCCUGGGCGUGGGGGGCCUCCCCCCACUAGACGAAAACCCACCCAACGAGGACUGACCGACCGGGGACCUGCACCUCCAACCCACGCAGCCGGCCCACCAGGCAAAUGCACCUGCUGCUGUCCACCGGGGCAGCCCCUGGGUGCUUUGACCGCCUCACCCCUUCUCGCCAGGCCCCUAGGGUAACAUCCAACAGAUCACUCGGCGCCCAGCCAGGACCCAAUCGCAGCUUUUUACGGACUCCAAGGCUCUGAAGUGACUCUCGAUUUCUCACACCAUUUUCUACGCUGUGUUUUAAUGUUUGCAGGUUUUCUUUGCUUCCGUUCCGGUUCGGGUUUCCUUUCUUUUUCUUUCUUUUUUUUUUUUUUUUCCUGCACUUGUUAAUACAGGAUUUAUGUUCGGGGAUGGUUUUUCUCAGAGGUAAACUUAAGUCUUUUCACUGUCUGAUCUCUAACCUAUCUAUUUCUAGACAUCGUGUGUGUGUGUGUUCAUCAGAUAGUUCUGUCUCUACGUCCUUGUCCGUUUCUAUUAGAGGAAUUAACUGCUAUGUCCUCCUGGUAUAGCAAAACAAAACAAAACAAAACAAAAACCAAAAAAAAAAAAUUAAAAAAUACAAAAAAAAAUACAAAAAAAAGUAAACAACAACAACAAAAAAAAUAAAAAACGCUCCCUAAC